CCAGCACGAAGCAGGCCUUUCGGCUUACCAUGCCGUGCCGAGCACCUCAGAACUACCUGGGCUUACCCACAGCCCUCCGUUUUUCCGAGCUCCAUGUACCCAUCCAGGAGUCUCUUAAAGGACCCUAUCGUAUCCGCCUCCACCAUUCCACGCACUCACCACCCUCUGCGAAAAAACUUACCCCUGACAUCUCCUCUGUACCUACUUCCAAACACCUUAAAACUAUGCCCUGCCGCGUUAACCAUUUCAGCCCUGGGGAAAACCCUCUGACUAUCCACACGAUCAAUGCCUCUCAUCAUCUUAUACACCUCUAUCAGGUCACCUCUCAUCCUCCGUCGCUCCAAGGAGAAAAGGCCGAGUUCAUUCAACCUUUUCUCAUAAGGCAUGCUCCCCGAUCCAGGCAACAUCCUUCUAAAUCUCCUCUGCACCCUUUCUAUAGUUUCCACAUCCUGUUGGCCCAGGGGCGGUAGAAGCCAUCCCUGAGCCUGGUGGGGAGGCAACGUUGAAGGUUUUGAGCUGAAAGAAAGAGGAAGCAGUAAGUUUAUAAACUGGCAGUCAGAAGAUGCUUCAGCUUAUGAUCAAGGAACUCUGAAGCUGAGCUCAACAUCAUUCUCACCGUUUGGUGAUGCCCCACAGCAGUAGGAAGUCAACACAGAGGCUUGCUGCCUGAUCGACAUAACCGUUCUCAGUGGCUACAUCUGGAGUCCUGCUGGGUUUGGGAGCUUGACUGUCAGCUGCACUGGUCCGAGAGCAGAAUGAAUGUGGAAGAUGACAUCAAGUCUCUCAAAGAUCAAGAAAGGGACAAAGUUCUGGAGGUCCUUCAUCGGGAUGAAAGGCUGCGAAAAGUGGAAGAAGAACGGAUAAGAAAGCUGAAAUCGGAAUAUCAGGAAAUCCGUCAGAAAGGAGCAAAAAGUUGCAGGCGGGAGUACAGCAGCCGUUCCUGUGCCCGGUGCCAGGUUGCCCUGGGACUCUUGUUUAACAAGGGAUUUGAGUGCAGUGUCUGCAGCCACAGAGUGUGCAGUGAUUGCUGUGUCUAUAGUACCAAAAGAGCUUGCAGAUGCAUCGUGUGUCACACUCGAGGGCUGGUGAAGGUGAAAUCUGGAGAGUGGUUUAUCGAGGAAAAAGCAAAGAAAUUUCACCAAGAACAAGGUGAGCACAAAACGAUGAGCGAAAAACUGUUGCAGACCUUACAGACACUAAGCAGUAUCGCCAUUGUACCCCCAACUCCCCCGCCUACAGGAUAUCGACUGGACGACAAGCACUCAAAAGGAUUCACUAGGUCAAUGGAGAACUUGUUCUGGUCGCUUACUGAUCGCGUCCGACAAAUCUCCAAAUCUCAUGAAGAUAUGCCGAAGGACAGCCAGCUGCUCUCAGCAAGUUAUGCGCCCAAAGCUUGUGAGUUGAAGAAGGAGAGAAGUCUGUCCGACACAGCCUUAACCAGUGCAAGCAUGCUGUCUCCCGCCAUCCUCCAGGGCCUCGGCAAGGUGAGCGACAGAGAGCAAGGAAGCUCCCAGGAAGAGACUCUGCAGCAGCUGGAGCAGGAAAGUAUCAACAGCACCUACACAGAUUCAAAGACCACGGACACGGCUAAUGUUACUGGUGAAAUCGAAUUAUCUAUCCAGUACGACUUUAAGGCUUUGGCGCUGGAAAUCCACAUCAAAUCAUGCAGAAACCUAGCCUCUGGAGAUGGGAAGAAGAAAAAGUGUAACCCGUAUGUGAAGACCUACUUGCUUCCGGACAAAUCUCCCCACAGUAAGUUGAAGAGCUCUGUGAAGAAGAACACGGUGAAUCCGGUUUUUAAUGAAACAUUACGGUACGACAUUGAACGGUGGCAGCUGGAGACGAGGACACUUCAUAUCUCUGUGUGGUACAGUAUGACACUCAAACGGCAAGUGUUUGUGGGACAGGUACACAUCCCCUUUGACCAAUGGAGAUUCGAAGACAACUCGACUCAGGAAUGCCAGUGGUACCAGCUCCAAGACAAGUGAUAUCAGCGCUGUCCUGAUCCACAGGGCAAUGGUUCUGAGGCUAUAACCCAAAUAGUCUGCGUGUUUGUAAUGUACAAUGAAUCAAUUUGUGUACAAUGAUUGGAAAUUUAAACCUCUUUAAUUGAUGUGCCCAUUUGGGGAAAUGUUUAUGAAAGGAAACCGAAUAAACAAGUUUUGCUAAGA